AUGGAUGCAGAAAAGAUCCUAAGCAUUCCUAUCAACUUAGCAGGGAAGGAGGACAGUAACUUCUGGAUACAUUCUCCAACGGGGCAAUACACAGUGAACACAGGAUAUAAGGUACUCAUGAAAGACAAGGGAAACCAGACUAUGAAUAGCUAUAAUGGGGCAGGUACAAGUGUACACAGUACAUCAAAACAGAUGUGGUCUUGCCUAUGGAAACUAAACAUCAAGCAUAAACUGAAGACCUUCAUGUGGAAAUGCAUCAACAAUGCUCUCCCAGUCAGCGAAGUAAUCUUUAGUAGAUCGAAAAAAGGUGAUCCCAUCUGUAAAGUCUGUGGAGAAGGAGUGGAGACUGUGGAACAUGUGCUUCUGAACUGCAAACAGGCCAAGCAGGUAUGGCAUAUAGCACCAGUACAAUGGGAGGGUGCUAGGGAUAAACAAGGCUGUUUCAAGGACUGGUGGAAUGAAAUUGUAGGAGCCAGAUCUAGGCAGGCUGGCGAUGAACAUCUUGGUCUAACAGUUAACAUUUUAUGGCAACUAUGGAAAAGCAGGAAUGAGUGGGAAUUCAACAACAAACAAAGGCAUGCAUUGACAACAACUCAGAAAGCUCAAGAAGAGUGGUUAGAGUUCUGCGAAGCAUACAAAGACAAAGAGCAAUUGAGCACAGCAGAAACAGCUGCAAACCAGAUUCAAAGAAUAGAAGUGGAGAAUGCAGAGAUGAUUCAAGUGAAGAUCGCUGCACUAAGAAGACCGAACAGCAAAGAGGUUGGAAUAGGGGUGACUGCUAUGACUGAAGGAAAGGUUGUUGUGGCAGCUUGGGCAAUGCAUGAAAGAAGCUACAACUGCCCACAAUUGGACGAAGCUGAGGCUAUCAAGCUAGCUAUGUGUAAGUUAGCAGUCAAAGGCUGGAGGAUAGUCAUCAUACAGAGCUGCAACAAGCAACUUAUUCAGCAAAUCUGUUCCGGAAGAGCUUCUAAUAUCAAACUGUAUACUCUAGUUGAUGAUAUUCUUAGCUUGAAAGCUCUGUUUCAUAUGUGCUCUUUUUGUGCUAUUUCUAAAGUUGAUAAUCAGAUUAGCAUUAGAGUUGGUGAUUAUGCAUUAGGCAUUAUACAUGAUGAGGAAUGGUUCAAUCCUCUGUGCUGUUGA